AUGGCCGCCGAGCAAAGAAAGCUGCUCGAGCAGCUCAUGGGACACCAGUCCACCUCGCGCGCAGCUCAGCUAUCCCUCACCGACCCCAAAGUCUGCCGGUCCUAUCUCGUCGGCACGUGUCCUCACGACCUCUUCACGAAUACGAAGCAAGACCUCGGCCAGUGCCCCAAAGUCCAUUCCGAGCCCUUGAAAUCCGAAUAUGACGGCUUAUCGGAUCGAGAGAAGCAGCGAUACGGGUUCGACUACGACUACAUGCGCGAUUUGCAAAAGUACAUUGAGGAUUGCAAUCGGCGAAUCGACGCGGCGCAAAAGCGGCUCGAGAAGACUCCAGAUGAGAUACGCCAAACCAAUGUCCUGCUGAAAGCCAUUUCGAACCUGUCGGCGUCCAUAGCAGACGGCCUCCUGGAAGUCGAAGUCCUCGCCUCCAUGGCCGAGGUGUCCCACGCAAUCGACGAAAAUUUCCGAGUCAAGCAGACCAUGCAAAACAAAGCCGACAAGGAGAAGGAGCUCAAGGCGCUCUCAGACACGUCCGGUCCCUCUGGCCACCAGAAACUGCAGGUGUGCGACGUAUGCGGUGCCUACCUUAGUAGGUUGGACAAUGACCGCCGCCUAGCGGACCACUUCUACGGAAAGAUGCACCUGGGAUACGCAUCUAUGCGGAAAACAUACGAAGCGUUCCCGCGGGAGUUGAAGAGCAGGCAGAGACAGAGCAUGGCGGACGAUGAUAUGGGAGGAGGAUCUGGAGGCGCACGAGGGCCAAGGUCAGGUGGCCAUAGGAGUGGGAGAAGCGCGAGACACCGCAGCGGGUGGUAA